AUGAGCGCGAGUUUGGCGCUCGCACAGGCGCCGGCCCUGCGGUUCCGGCAGCUGCACCAGGACCUGCUGGCCUUUGCUGGACAGACGACGGACGAAGAAGACGCGGCCGCGUUCAUGGCCGACAUGGCGGCCGCUGCGCCGGAGCUGCUGCAGCCACUCGCGCAGGCCCCGCCCAGUGCCUCGGAGCGCGCGGCGCUGCAGGCCAACACAGUGACCGUGGGCGGUAAGCACGUGGACGUGUCGCCGCUCAUUCAGCAGGAGAUCUGUAAGCUCAGCGACGAGUUCCACGUGAGCGAGAAGACGUGCGUGGCGUUCUGGUUGCUGGCCAGUGAGCAGCAACAGCGCGAGUGGGUGGAGCGCGCCGACCAGCUGCCGCCUGGCGCGAUCGCUGACUCGGUCCCGAGCGCCGCGCGGUACUUGCUGACGUCCGAGAUGGAGUACAAACUGCACGUACUGAAGGAGCUCUUGCGACUGCGGCUCGAGACGCACUGGGACAAGCACCGCGCGCAGUUUCUGCUGUCGCUCUCGGACAAACUAUUGACCGAAGAGCUGGUGUCGAAUUUGAUUCGUGCGUUCGACAAGGACUUGGUCACACUUGCACAAGUGUCCAGGAUGGAACAGAGCGUGAGCUACUGGCACACGCUCGUGGCCGAUUGUCUCGUCUUGGUCGUGUCGAGUACAGUCAUGCAAGCACAAGAAGUGCAAGAGCUGGCGAAACUGCUGCAGACGCUGUGUGGACGGCUGAAACCUGUUGUCGCGAAGGUGUCACCGCAUAUCGUGAACCUCUCGUCGUUUUCGCAGUUGUUUGAAGGGGGAUCACUUGCUGGCACGUCGCCGGAAGGAGCAGUGCGACAAGUGUCGUGUAUGCUGCAGACAAUCACUGCGCUCCAGAUGGCGCUAUUUGUCGUGCUGCUCCAGAAAACGAGGAAGCGGAACCGCGAGUCAGGGUAUAUGGACAGUGGCAGGGCGUUGUGUCGACGUGAGCAUGCUCCUGUGGUAGCGGCACUACACCACCUUCUGUUUGAAGAAGAUUGGGAACAGAAGAGCUUCCAGAGCGUUGCGAUGCUCGCAUGGGCUGGGUUCCUUGCAGGCAAUGACGAUAGCAACAGUAGUAGCAGCAAUGUCACGUUUGCUGAAGCCGAAGCUGCGCCCCAUGUGGUCAAGAAAGCGGUCCAAGGGCGCGUUUUCCACACACUGGUUGAAGUGCAUUUGAAAUACUUGCCUGAUCGAAAGCAGGACUUGCGGUUGUACAGCAUUUACGAGCAGAAUCUGGAGCUAUUGUUUCGCACGUACUCGUCCAAGAUGAUGAUUGACGUCCCCACAGUUGCUGACAAGGCAGCCCUUGCUGCUAUGCAUGCCGAAAGUGACGGUGAAGUAGUGGCCUGGAUUGGCGACUGUCUCGAGGACGUCGUUGGCUUUGCGGUGGCGCUGUGCGCUCACAACACUGACUUCUGCUGCUCGUUCUGGCGUGGACCGAAUGACGAAUUUGAUUUCCACAGCAGCAACGAAAGCAACGCAGGAGAUGAUCUGCAACCGUCUGAGUCACAGUCACACAGUGUCGAUGGUGGUAGCUGCCUUGCUUUCUUGAUCGCUUGCCGUGAUGCUGCGCUCAAGACCCCCGGCUGUCUACCUGCAUACAUGCGAUUAGUGGCGUCCGCUGCUAGCGGACCCGAGUGUGCCCAACAGGCAUUCCACCACAUUAAGCGAAACCCACCGCAACUUAGUUGGGAUCAGUUUUUUUCCGUCAUGGCAAAGUAUCAGCGAUUGCUUACUGAUGCUGAGAAACCGGCUGGAUAUGCACCUCUCAUGCCCGUCGGUGUCACGCAGGGAGUUGGGAUCGAUGGAAGUACGUUCCAAAGUGUGAGUCAUGCUGGAACUGGUCCUCGCUUCAUUCGGCCGAAGGAGUUGGAGGCGUUAGAAACCAUCCAGCAACUGAUUCAGGAAGUGAUCUCGGAUCCCCAGUUGGCAUUAAUCUUCUUUCACAACCACGACUGGUCUCCAAUUCCAACGUUUGUAGCUUUUCUCCAGUGUCGGAUCCCCAGUUCGCUCAAGGGCUCGAUUAUGAAGACACUCGCUGUGUUCGCGCGGGUGCCAGACAUUGCACCAUUCGUAUGGCGUCAGGUUGACGCGUUGCAAAUUUUGCGUACGACGGGGGAUACGUCGGCAUAUGGCAACCAGGAUAUCAGUUAUGAACUGGAGCACUACGAGUCGAUGAGUAGGACGUACCCGGCAACGAGAGGAUUUGUCACGCUGUUGUACGAAUUGUUUGGGAAUCCUCACGCGUGGAAGUCGUUCGAAGGUGACGGCCGCGUUGCAGCGAUCCAGUUUUACUUUGAGUUUUUGCUCGAACACGUGUUUUUGAAGUUUGAUUUGCGAAAGUAUGAGCGAGAAGAAGAAAAGUGGGCGCUAGUGAAUGGAACACUCGCGGUCUUCAAGAAAAUCCUACGGCACGCGGACACAUCAUCCGCUGAGGGCAGCUUAUCGUACCAGAUGCUCGCUCGAUUCUUGUCGAGCAGUCCUUUGCUGAAGAAAAUGCUGUCCAUCGUAUCUGGAGAUGGAGGAGUAGAGAAUUUGGAAAACACAUCGACCGAUUUGCAUCUCGAGCACGCAUUCUUCUACUGUCUUGACAUUGUCAAGCGCGAGACUGAAGCCAGACACGGCUCCUUGAACUUUGUGAUUGACGUAUCAAAGAGACCCAGUGACACAUACCUGACCAAGACUACAGUGGUCGCCGCCCUGCGAGAACGGUGUGUGCAGCAUGCGCUUGAGAUUGUGGUGUUGGUGCUGGAAAAGGAUGCUCAGUUCGUGAACUCGGAUCUCAACCGUCAGCUUUCACACCGGCUUCAAGUGGAAAUGAUGCACGUCAUUUUGUGCCGCCACCGGUCCGACUUUGUAAACAUUGUCAAGUACAUCAAGUAUACAAAGUCAGUACACAUUCCGUACCUGUCAGCGGUCAUUUUGCGUCUCAUCAGUGCGCGCAUGAGUGGAUCGGACCUCGUCGAUGUGCUCAUCGAUAGCGGAGCAAGCGCAGAUAUCAUGAUCGGCUACAUGAACCGUCUGUUGAGCGUGUACGACGACGACGAAAUCAAGCGAGUUGAGAGCGACAUGUCACUUAGCGACGAUCCGCACGACAAUGGUGGAUCCGGAUCUGGCACUCUGCCAUCAAGUAGGCAGCAACAGCAAGAUAGCCGCACAAUAUCUUCGCCGUUCCAGCUGUUUGUUCAAGAAACGCCUCCGCCCCUUAUUCGUGCUACCAUCUUGGAUCUACUUCUUGAAAAUUUGAGCAAGCCGGCACCCAACUUGGCACAUCUUCUGCUGGGCAAUGUCAAGCAGCAUGGAGACCCAAAAGGCAUAACGGCGCCAACUUCUUACAUGAAGACUGGUCUUGCCGCCGUAAUUACGCUCGUAUCCAGCGCAGACUUUGGCUUGGAGACGCCGGAGUUGGCGGAGCGUUGUAACCAUGUUUUGCACAAGCUCGUUACGCAGGAGUUUUCGUCUUCGAACACUAUCGCUGCCUUGGAAAGCGUUCCAUCUGAUUACUUUGUUUCGCAGAUCCAGUUGUUCAGUCGCGUUUAUCAUGUAGCGGAGAGGAAGACGGCUGCUGCUAGUAUUGCUGAACUGAACAUGCGCGGGUGGUUUUUUAAGACGCUCGCAGUGUACCUGCACGUGGGGUUACACAAAGAACCUGCGCAUAUGAAGAAGGUUAGCAAGCUGAUAGGACAGUUGCUAUCCGUGCCCGUCGGCAGCCACGACGACCAUCGAUCGAUUGAACAAAUGCUGCUGGUUCAGCAGCUAGAUGAGUGUUCGUUCCACAUCAUGCCGCCACCGGUGCCAACAAACCAGCAGGUUGUGGCUUUGGCUGAACAGGCGACGUUGGCUGUGGAGAAAGGUUGCUAUUACAAGUGGCUUAAAAUUGAUGUUGAGCGGUUUUGUCAAGCGAUUCAGUCGCUGGAUUUGACGGCAACCGACGACGGGGUGAAUGAUCUCUACUCAUCAUCGAGCAAACGAUUUCGCGUGAAUGGCGACGGCGCAAGCAGUAACAGCAGCCAAAACAGUGUGGAAGCAGCUGCGGAGAGGUUUAUUCAAUGGGCCGUGCAGUGGAACAUUUAUUCUGAGCGAAUCGCUGCUGAAAGCCACGCUCUGAACUCGUUGCGAGAGCUUAUGGAAGUGAUUGUGCUGGACUACCUGACAUUACCUCGGGGACAAGAAGGGCUCGAGACUCCAGUUUUGUGGCAGGGGCCGAACGGUAUCGCGACAGCGGAAGUGCGGUUGGAACUAUUGAACAGUAUUGUAACAGCCGUGCUGGGUAAGUUGACCAAGAAAGCAGGUGUUUCUGCUCAGUUGUUCGAGAUUGUAUCCAGGAUCGCUUUGAUACUGUUCUCGCAGCUCAGCUACAUCGAGGAAGGAAGCUGGCCAUCGGCUCGAGCAGAGAGCCGUUAUGGUCAAAACGUGAGCUACCUGGAACUGCUGUUUCGUUCCGUGCACAGCAGUGCUGCGUCGACGGGAAAUCCGUCGGCUGCGCGCAACUCUCGCACACUGUUGUACUCUUGCGUUGUACACGUGCUGCACAUGUUGCCAAGCCAUGCCUUGCAAGAGUCGGCUUCGUCAAAGUAUGGCCACACAAGUGCUACAGGAAGCCAGAAACAGCGUGUUCGGCAUUUACUUACCAACCAGAUCGUUGAUCUUAUCUGCAGGGACGCAAGUGAUGGUGAAGAUACGCUCAGCAUGGCACUUGCAGUGUCAGCGCUAGAGUCUUUGAUUGCUUUUGAUCACGACUCCUCGCUCGUUCCAAUCUUUCGUGAGCGUGGCUACCUGUUACACUUCAUUGACAUAUUCAAGAAGCUGAGUGAUAUGGACGCGGUAGCUUUCGAGCGUAACGAUGACAAUUCAUCCAUGGUGAAAAGUAGUGUGCUUCCGCAGGGCAUGGAUGCUUCGACCGUUGGUACGAUGUACGAGUGCUUUUUGUCACUUUUCGCACGGGUUACUGAAACACAAGAAGGAGCAGUAGCUCUGCUGGAAGGUGGCUUGAUCCGUGUGCUAACUGACGCUCGCAACCUACCAACACAUCGACCCCAGUAUUUUGCUCAGAACCAGCAGCAAGACGCUGCUGCGUCCAUGACCUUUUUCCAGCGCGUUGAGGAUCUGUACUUUCGUAAAUGGCUUCCCGUUGCGCGUCUGUUGAGCGCAAGCUGUGCCUCAUUGCCCAAGAACCGCGCAAUUGCCAGCCAAGUGCUGUACUUUGUAAACAAGAACCGGAAGCUGUGUACAUCAGCACUGAAGCUGUGCUCCAGCAAUUUGCAGUCGCAGCCGAUUUCCGUGAACCUUCUUCGUGAGCUAUCCUACGUGACAUUUGUCUUUCGCUACGUGACCCAAUUCCCUGAUCUGUGCCAGCAAACGUUGGCGACGGCCAAGUGGGAAAAAAUAUCACAGCAGAUUCUCCAGGUCUUCCUGCAGUUUAGUGCGGAGCUUGUGCCUCCCAAUGACGACGGUGACAGCAUGGUUGACAGCAAUGGCGUUUCAUGGUGGACUAACAAAGCUGCGGGCUUUGCGGAGGAACCGUGCGAUGCUGCGAUUCAGCGGGUCUCUUCUGUGGACUGGCGAGACAGACUCUUGGAGCAGUGCGAUGCUGCAGCCAUACAGUCCAGUGGCAGCGUCAGUCUCCUGCACAUGUCCUUACUUGACGAAGAGAAAUUGUACGCGUCUCGGAUGAUCUUGUGCAAUGCCGCUGCUUUCUGCGCAAGCCGCACGAUGCGUGCAGUGAGUGAGGAAGGCGCUGGUCGCGCAGCUCCGCUUUUGUCGAUCUCGGACAAGACGCCGCUGCAGAACAACAAUCAGUUCCCGUCCAUGUCCUCGGUGGGCCCGCGCGCGUUUGCGGCAGCAACGGAUCCAUUGUGGACUCUUGCGCCGUCAGUCAAUGAGUUCGUAGCGCGGUUCGACUCAGUCGUAUUCGCUCUGGAAACGAGCAAGCAGCUUGUCGGUGCGCUUACUGCUUUGAAGAAUGAAGCUGCGUCGGCAUCCGUUCCUUCUUCGCUAUCGUCGCAGCUACCCCUUGGCCAGCGUGAGCAUCCAUCGGAUACUUUAGCACUAGAGAACGUACUGGAAUAUCACGCCGACAGCUUGGCGUUCAUUGUGGAGAAUAUGCUAGUGGUGCUGUGUUUACAUCUUGCUCACUACGUGGAGCAGCCGGAAGCGACAGACAGCAAGGACGUUGCUCGACAGACACUAGGCAAAGUGCUAGCCAUUGUGGGCGAUAUCGAGAACAACCCUUUUGUCCACGCUCUUGCGAGAAGACUACGAGAGCUAGGAGGUUGUUAA